GGUGCCCGUCCACAUCCGGGGAGUUUAUUCAAAAAGCAUCAGACAACCGUUGAAAAUGUCAACGAUUUACAGGAAGUUUUCUUAAAAUUUUAGUGUUACUUAUUAUUUUUCACACAUAAUUUUUGUUCAUUGGAUUUUUUUUUAUAAUAUAUGGUGUAAAUUUUGGAUUAACAUUACAAAUAAACUAUGGGGUGUGCUACUUCUUCCGACGAUAAAGCCGCAUCGGAAAGAUCAAAACAAAUUGACAAAACACUUCGUGCAGAUGGUGAAAAAGCAGCGAGGGAAGUGAAAUUGUUGUUAUUAGGUGCUGGUGAAUCUGGAAAGAGUACAAUAGUUAAACAAAUGAAAAUUAUUCAUGAAAAGGGUUAUUCCCAAGAAGAAUGUUUACAGUAUAAACCAGUGGUCUACAGUAACACUAUCCAGUCAAUGAUGGCCAUUAUUAGAGCGAUGGGACAACUGAAAAUUGAUUUUGGUCACCCAGAUAGAGCUGAUGAUGCUAGACAGUUAUUUGCAUUAAUGGGUAAUGCUGAUGAGGGUGAGCUGUCACCAGAACUAGCAGCUAUCAUGAAGAGACUAUGGAAAGAUUCUGGGGUACAGGAAUGUUUUAGUCGAUCAAGAGAAUACCAGUUAAAUGAUUCAGCGGAAUAUUAUUUGAAUUCCUUAGAUAGAAUCUCUCAGCCUUCAUAUAUUCCCACGGAACAGGAUGUAUUGCGAACCAGAGUUAAAACCACAGGAAUUGUAGAGACACAUUUUACAUUUAAAGAUCUACAUUUCAAAAUGUUUGAUGUAGGAGGUCAGAGAUCAGAGAGAAAGAAAUGGAUUCAUUGUUUUGAAGGAGUAACAGCCAUUAUAUUUAUCGUAGCCAUGAGUGAAUAUGACUUGACAUUGGUGGAAGAUCAGGAAAUGAACCGUAUGAUGGAGAGUAUGAAACUGUUUGAUUCGAUAUGUAACAACAAAUGGUUUACAGAUACAUCAAUCAUCCUUUUCCUCAAUAAGAAAGAUUUAUUUGAAGAGAAAAUUAAGAAAUCCGCACUUACUCUCUGUUUCCCUGAAUUUGCAGGUGAAAAUAAUUAUGAACAAGCAGCUGCCUAUAUCCAGUUACAAUUUGAGAAUCUGAACAAAAGAAAAGAUACCAAGGAAAUCUACACCCACUUUACAUGUGCCACAGAUACAAACAAUGUACAGUUUGUGUUUGAUGCUGUCACUGAUGUCAUCAUUAAAAACAAUCUUAAAGACUGUGGACUUUUCUAAGAAGGAUACUUAGUUAGUGACAAAAAGAACCAAUGAGGCUUGAGAAGAUUAUUGUGUAGACAAUUUAUGAUAUUUGUGUAUAUAAACCAUGUAAAUAGUCAUGUACAGACAUGCUCAUAAACAGUGAUGCUCAUUUUGUAUAUGUUGUGCAGUCCUUCUAUUUAUUAUAACAGAAAGGGUAGACAUCGCUGAAAAGGGACCAGAUUAUUUUUUUACUUACUGUUUUCUUUUUCUGUUACUAUAUUUUUACAAUAUAUUUUAUGUGUUCUUUAAUUGAAUAGCUAAGAAAAUUAUCAGACAUUUUAUUUUUUAUAGUUGAUGAAUUUUCUUCCUUCAUCAAUAUAUUUUAACUUUUAAAUCAAAAUCAUGGAGUUCAACUUUCAUAUGUAUAGGUGGAAAGAGUUUCAAUAAGUCUUUGAUUGAAAAAAAAUUAAAGCAAAUGAUAUGUAAAACAAUGGUUCUGAUCAAAUUUAGCACUUUGUAUGCAGGGAACAAAGUAUAAUACAUUCAACUUAAUUGUUUAUAUAUAACUACUUAAGAUAUCAUUGAAAGGGAACAAGAAGAGAUCAUAUUCAUAAUUAACAUAAGUAUUUGUAUUAGACUUGAGCUUCUAACCUACCGAUAUUUCUUGUAAACAUGACUUACUACUUAGAACCUUGAACAAAGUAUUUAGCUUACAUUGCACAAGAACAGAUCAUACUUUAACCAUUUAAGAUAAAUAUUCUGCUUCAAUUGGUGUUGCAUCAAACAUUGUGUAUAAAUUUAUUAUUGCUGAAACUUUUUAUUCUUAAGAAUCGAAAGAAGUAUAGAAAUUCAGCAUUAAUAACUUUGAAUUAUAAGUAAACAUCCAAAAAAUAUGCUAACUAUUCCCUUGUUAAUAACAGUAUAAAUAUUUGUGGAUCUCAUCUAUGUAGAAAAAUAUAAAUAAAAAAAUUUCCAAUUUGAAUUUAAAGACAUUUCAGAAACAGAAUAUUUACUUGAAAGGUAAACAUGGUGAAUGAAUUUUAUCAGAUUUUGACCAGUUAUCAAAAAAGGAUUUAAAUAUUGAUAUUUUACUUAUGUCAUAAGGUUUUAUUUACUUAUUUUGAUGUUGUGAUGCAAUGUACUUGCCCAAAAUAUAUUAAUCCAUCUUAAUUGCUUACAGUGCCAUGACUUGCUUUGUAUGUCUUAGGAAAAUCAUGCCGCGCAAAUUAAAUAUAUAGUGUGUUUCUUUUCUAACAAAGAGAAACCUACUAUUUUUUUAUAUCAUUUGAUACAAACCACCAUGACAAAACAUCUGUUACUGCCAUAAGCAGAUAUUUGUUUUCUCCUUUUUUGCAUUGCAGAUUAUUUAUAAAGAUAUUGAAAUUUUAUCAGGAAAAUUCUUUGAAAGUUGAGCAUUGAUACACAUGUAGGCAAUUAAGAAGAAGUGCAAUAUUAUUAUUAAUUUCUUUACUAAAUAUUCCUAAUUGUAAAUAUCUGUUGUAUGUUGAUAUUGAAUAAUACUUUGUUUCUCUCUUUGAUCUUCUGAGAUGUGUAUUGUGAGAUUUUCUUCCCUAUCAUUAAUAAACCACAUGGUUUAGUACAUUGUAUAAGAAAUGAAACGUUAAAAUGUAUGUUUUGUGAUUCCUAAUAUAUUUACUUUUCAGGUAUAUGAAGUUAGAACAAAAGAAAAACUAAUGAACAAAUUAUCAUUUUGAUUCAAUGUAUUUUGAAUGAGUAAAAGAACUUCAUUAUUUUUGUUUGUAGGAAAAGGAAACCUUCUAAAUGACAACUUCAAAUUAUUUCAUGAAGAUCAUUGAUUGAAGUGAAUCCUUUUAUUGUGUCAUUGGAAAUGGUACUAUAUUUUGUGAAAAAAGAAGAUCAUUUAACAUGUUUAAUUCCUUAUAUCAUUCCAACUACACCAGUACAUUUUGUACAAGUUAGAGAGAUAUAUAUCAUUAUUAAGUCAAAGACAAAACCAAUGUUAAAAAUGGUAUUGUAAUUUUUUGUGUUAGAGAGAAAUGUAUUGCUAUAAAUUCCAUAUAAGCAAAAAAAAAUAAAACAGAUAAAUGAUUUUGAAUUCUUGUCACCAUAAAUGUCAAAAGAAUUGCAAAAUUAAAAAUAAGGGGAAUUGUUAUAUACAUGAAAUAUAAAAUUUCAAUAAUGAGAUAAAGUCGCGUCUUUUCAAUAAUUUGCAUUAUUUUAAAAAGAGAAAUGUUAUCUGCCAUUAUACAAUAUAAUCUACUUAUAAUAUGACAUUCCAAAACUUUUGUAAAUGCCUUCCACCAUGUUCAGUAAAUCAUGUAAAUGGCAAGUGUUUUUUUAUUUGAACUUGUAAAUGUAAUGAGUAACAUUUGUAUUGCCUUUGGAAAAAAAGAAUUCAUUAGAUUUAUAAGCUAUAUCUAAUAGUGAUAGGAAAUUUUAUUGCAAGAUGAUUAGUUUUAAUACUUGAUGAUCACAGAAUCUUUCCACACAGUUAAUACCUGAACACUUAAGAAAUAAAAGCAAUGUGGAAUAUACCAAUGAAAUGUUUUAUUUUAAUUCCAGUUAGAUUUUGGAUUAAGGGACAACUAAAUGGUAGUAGAGUAAAUAAAAAAUUUAGUAUAUUAUUUCCAUUUUAUAGUUUUAGCCAAAAAGACAAAAAAUGAAAAUCUUGCAAACCUUUCUUAACAUUUCAAGUAAAACAGUUUUUGUCUAUAUUUUUAUAUAAACAGUAUUAUCUCAAUAUUCUGCUGGUAAAUAUCUGUCUGCUUUAAUGCUUAUUCAUGUUACUUUAAAUGGUAAAAAUUAGAAAUGAUUCUAAAAUGUGAUUUAGUAAGAAAUUAUUUGACAACUGUAAAUUCUAUAAUUGAAUUCUAUGACUUCUUGUUCAAAUGUGCAAACAAUUGUGAAUUAUCAGUGAUCUGUGUGAAUGUUGUACUACUCAUGGAUGUAGAAAUAAAGCAUAAAGUCUUGUGA